AUGUUCUCCACCUUUUCCGCUAAUCUCAACUCCACCGAUCGCCCGCCGGAGCAGCCCGCGCCCCGUCCUAAGCGCAGUCAGGUCGGGCGGGCUUGCGACUGGUGUCGGCUGAACCGGAUCAAGUGCGAUGAUAAACAGCCAUGUCAAAAUUGUCGGAACCACGGCGGAUACUGCAGCAACAACAAGAAAUUUGAAGCCCAGUCGCUUCCGGCUGCGAAUCGGGAAAUUCAUCGUUUGCGAAACCGACUCAAGGAUUUCCAGGAGCAACUGGAUAAAUUAAACGAUGAGGCCAAAAGGAACCCCAGGGACGCGAAAAACCCAUCGCAAUCUUACGAUACCCUCACGUCGCCUGCCAGCAUCGCCACUUCAACCGAACUCCCGAAUGCGCCUCGCAAGACAUGGGAUGGCCAUCAAAAUAUGGGGUCGCAGACAGGUCGGGUCAUCCACUAUGGCCCUCAAUCCUCGCCGUACCUCGUGAUUCGCCUUAAUCGUUACAUGUCGGAAUCAUCCAACCAACUGCAUCUCAAAUCGCCCCUUCCAGUCCGCAUUUCACAAAUCCACAGACAUUCUCCGACUAUCUCUCAGGAGCAGUUGUCCGAUGAGACGGAACGACCCAGUCUCCGUCUCGGACUAGCCGAGGUCGAGGAUCUGUCUCGGGAGCAAGAAGAGCAUUUCUUGGUUCUCCUGUGGCAGGGAUAUCACAGCAUGUACCCUAUUGUGGCAGAGCAAGAGUUCCGAGAGUAUUAUGAUUCUCUUUGGGUUCCAAGCAACGGCCAAGCGCCGCGCUCGCCUUCUCCCCUUGUGGACAGUCUACUGGCUGUCUGCAUGCAUUACGGUAGUAGCUUCAUGGUCGACGAUGAUGAUAUGGCCAGCGAGGCAGACUCGCAAGCCAAUCAUUUCACAACCGCGGCGCAUGCUUUUUACCGCCGGAGUCAGCGCGCGCUGAUGGAGACGUUGGAACAUCCUUCGAUCAUGUCACUGCAGAGUCAAAUAUACUGCAUCAUUUACCUCAACAACAUCGUAAAUUUGGAUACCGCUCAUGUGCUGCUUGGAAUGGCCAUCAGAAUCGCACAGAUGCUUCGCCUGCACCUUCGGCCCGUGGGCCCUGUGCCAAAGGCAACACAGGAGUUGCAUUCGCGGAUAUGGUGGACUUUGUACCAGCUGGACAGCCAGAUUUCGAUGACUCUCGGUCGCCCACCGCUUAUAAACACCGAUGAAGUCAGCUGUGCAAUGCCUUCAGACACAGGUGAUGCAGUCCAACCGUCGGCGACGGUUUUGGUAUCACCACCCGAAGAGGAGAUCAGCUGGCUUACAUUCCACGUUGAAUAUAUCCGCCUCAUGGCUGCAGCGCGCACAGUUCAUGCUACAUUCGGUGCAUACUGCGCUGAGAUAUUGCAGACAAAAGACAUCGAGGAUAUCCACGAGGACCCGCCCACCUUGGAAAUGAUCGCAAGAUCUAUGACCAGUUUUGCUCGUCCCAUGUACGAAUGGGUGCAGACUGUCCCACGGUCUCUCAAGAAUGCGCGCAAAUGCUCUGGCGAUGCUUUCUCAACAGAUCGCACACCAGUAAACACGAACCCUGCUAGCCCCCUCUGGCUACAGCGUCAGCGGUUGCUGCUGGAAAUCACCUAUCACCAUUUGCAAAUCACUCUUUUCCGCCCCUUUCUCCGCUUUCCUCCUCGCGGCGCAACCCUCACACCAUUGACCGAUGGUCAUGGCAUUACCUCUCUCAACCAUGCUGUGCUCGUCACAAAUAUUCUCAGCCAGGUCCUGUCAGAGACGGACCUUCUACGCGGAUGGGCCCCAGCCUUCCAAUACCAAUGGGAUGCAACCAUCUGCAUGCUCUCAUUUAUCCUAGCCAACCCAGUCUGCCCCCCUACCCCAGCAGCCAAGAAACUCCUGCCAACCGCUUUCCGAAAUCUGGAUACUCUUGGUCCGUCUUUUACUCCGAUUGCAAACACUGUCCAGCUAGCCUGGGAGCAGUUCCGAUCCAGUUCUACUCCGCGAGGGUGGUCGCAGCUCACACCUCCAAGUCAAAGCGCUUCGGAAUCAGACAUGCCGCCCCCAUCCUCGAUGGGAUCUUCAGUCAGCAUUGCCAAUACUGGUUUCAAUCCUGCACAGGGGAUGAGCGCCACUCCGCAGUCGAAUGAUCUUUUGUCUGGGCUGCUUAGCCCAAAUAAGAUGGGAUCCAAUAUGAUGCUAGAAGCUGAAUUUUUCAAUUCCAGCACCGUCACUCCUCCGAUUGAUCUGAUGGACACAUCUUUUAAUAUUCCAAUGGACUUAUCGAUGGGAGAUACUUCCCAAUGGAAGCCAAAUGGCAUGUCAUUGGAGUCCUGGGAGGACUAUGGACCUCAAUAA